UGUGGUCACAAGCUUACCAAAAAUACGCAGGAAGGUUGGGAUAUAUAAAGAGCUGUUUGGCACCAUAGCAGCAAGAUGCGACUUCUUCGAUAACGCAGCAUUGAAGCACCAACAUCACAGACGAAGAAAGAACGAGCAAGUUCUUCCUCUCUCUCGACUCUGAGUUGACUCAUACAAGCAUCCGAGAUGAACAUCAUGGCUAGGCCUAAUGUUGCUAUUGUUGCUGCAGCUGCCAUUUUGAUAUGCGGAGUUGGACCGGGAUUUGGAUGUGCUCUCCAAGAAGAACCAGUUGGGGACGGAAAUCCCACAUUUGUCUACGAGGUAUCUGCAGUCGAGUUUACAUUCGUUGGAUCAAUGAAGAAAUUGAAUUGCGAAGCUUUGAAUUUCUGCAGCAUCACGUGGUACAAAGAUGGCGUCCCGUAUCCAUGGAAAUCAUCUGACCAUGAACACCUGGAGGACAGAAACCAAGUGCUGCUCAUCAAAGACGCUGACUUCAACGACGAAGGAAAGUACACGUGUGUUGUGUCAAAUGGAAAGCGCAGUGUUAGCAGGAGUAUUUCACUCUGGGUCAAGGAGGAGUCCUACAAUGGUCCACCCGUUCUCAUAGAAGACAAGGAGAGCUCAUGUACCAAUCACACGGCCAAGCUUGGUCAAACGGUCAGCUUCUACUGCAAGUUCUACUUGGGCCACCAAACGGCUGGACUCGGCAGUGUAGGCUGGAUGAAGGUAGUAGAUGACGUGGACACACCCAUUGAGGUCAUACAGGACAUCGACUAUCUUACUAAGGAGAAUUUCAGUGAGAACAACAGUGUGAUAAGCGCUCGUCUGUAUGUUGAAGACAGUAAAGAAAAUGCCUUCGGAACUUGGAAAGUCUAUGCAGAAAAUGGGUACUCGACCGAAGUAACACUUUCGCUCAAUCAUAUUGAUCAAAUAAAGGAAGGUGUGUAAACAUACAUCAUAAGCCCCUUUCACACGAGAGCAAUUUAGCAAGGAUCCCUGGCUAGUUUGCUCCUGUGUGAAUAGUCGUUUUCACAAAUCUCUAAGAUUCACCUUAAAGACAUUGGACACUAUUGGUAACUAUAUUCAACAUAAUUGUUAGCAUAGAAAAAUGUCUUGGUUGUCUGCAAUGGAUAACUGUUGAUAUGAAACAUUGUGAGAAACGGCUAUUGUCAAUACUUAAUAAAAGUUAGAUAAGAUGUGAAGUGGUCGGUUAGCUCAGUCGGCAGAGCAUCGUGCUAAUAACGCGAGGGUCGUGGGUUCGAGCCCCACACUGACCAGGAUUUUUAUUUCAUAACUUGCACAACUUAAUUGUCGUAACGUAGUUUCGAGAAAGAGGUUAAUUUUCUGGGAUUUUUAUUUCGAGAAUUCAGAAUUAUAUUUUGAGGUCCCGAAAUCAAGGAUCUGAAAGCUCACAACUUCGUGUGACCAUGGUGUGACA